AGGGGCUUUCUGUGUUUUGGAAGCGGAGCUCGGGUGACUACGGAAUAUAACACUGUGAUAUUAGAUUUAAAUUAUUUGACGAAUACAUACCCAGGAAACGCCCUUUGUUUGCUGCAAAAAUGAUGUGAAAUGCAAUUUUGUCCCAGUGGUUUUAGAGAGGAAAAACUGAUGAAAUGGCACGUUCACUGAUUAGCAUGGGUCUUGCUGUGGGUAUGUUAGGGAUUUUUAUGUCCGGUCUUCAUACAGCAAAAGCGGAGUCGAAUUUCGAGAAAGAAAAGAGGUCCUGUCAUGGUGCUUUCGAUUUAUAUUUUGUCCUCGACAAAUCUGGCAGUGUCAAACACCACUGGAUUGAAAUUUACUCCUUUGUGGAGCAUCUUGCCGAGAAAUUUAUAAGCCCAAUGUUACGGAUGUCCUUCAUUGUUUUCUCCACUCGUGGAACCACAAUUAUGUCACUCACUGAGAAGAGGGAUGAUAUUACCAGAGGUCUAAAUAUGCUGAGGAGAGAAAUACCAGGCGGUGAUACAUAUAUGAACCUUGGAUUGGCAAAGGCAAAUGAGCAAAUAUAUCACAGAACGUAUGGGGCAGCCAGUGUUAUCAUUGCACUGACGGAUGGGGAGUUAAAUGACUAUCAGUUUGUCACAGCGCAGCAAGAGGCUCGGAGAGCUCGGUCUAUGGGAGCCAUCGUAUACUGUGUGGGUGUGAAAGACUUUAAUCAGACACAGCUGGCCACAAUUGCGGACACCCUUGAGCAUGUGUUCCCUGUGAUCGGAGGAUUCCAGGCACUUGAAGGAGUGAUCGAUUCAAUAAUCAAGAAAUCCUGCAUUGAGAUUUUAGCAGCUGAACCGUCCAGUGUAUGCGCUGGUGAUUCGUUUCAAGUCGUUGUCAGGGGAAAUGGAUUUUUGCAUGCAAGAAACAUCAAACAGGUUCUGUGCAGCUUUAAAAUCAACGAGACUGUUACAUUGGAUGAGAGGCCUGUCAGUAUUGAAGACACGUUGCUCCUUUGCCCCGCACCGGUCAUAAGUGAGACUGGAAAGGUGAUAUAUCUGCAGGUCAGCAUGAAUGAGGGUUUGUCCUACAUCACAAGCUCAGUGCACAUCACCACCACCGAGUGUUUUGAUGGGACCAUCCUGCUCAUCUCAUUACUGGUCGUCUCUCUGUUGGUGGGUCUAGUGUUGAUGUGGUGGUUCUGGCCACUGUGCUGUACUGUGGUCAUCAAGGAUCCGCCUCCACCCCCGCCGCCUGAGCCUGUGAGUCCAAAAGUCCAAGACUCUGAAGAUGAAGAUGGCAUGCCCAAGAAGAAAUGGCCUACAGUAGAUGCAUCCUACUAUGGAGGAAGAGGAGUGGGCGGAAUCAAAAGGAUGGAGGUCCGUUGGGGUAACAAGGGCUCCACUGAGGAAGGAGCUAAAUUGGAAAAGCCAAAGAAUGCCGUAGUGAAAAUGCCAGAGCAGGAAUAUGAACCCUAUGAACCAAAAGCCAGACGGCGUGAUGCACACAGAUUUGCCCACCACAGAAAGUGGUACAGUCCUAUACAGGGAAAGCUGGAUGCUUUGUGGGCCCUUUUCCGUAGAGGAUACAACCAGGUGUCACUCAUGAGACCUCAACCUGGAGAUCAGGGACGAUGCAUCAACUUUACCCGAGUGAAAGCAGAGGAGCCAAGGUCACCUCCACGCAGCCACCUUUCACCUCUGCCGCCCCCUCCAGACCAUCAGCCACUAAUGCGGCCGGCCGUAUCUCCUCCGCCCACAAGACCACCAUCCCGGGGACCCUCCAUCAACCGCUCACCCCCAGGACCUCCACCGGCCCGAGCACCCCCAGGCCCCCGUGGACCCCCUCCAUCUCGACCACCACCCUGCCCUGGGAACAGCCAUUGAAAACAAUGGAGGGCCUUGAGAAUGCUUGUGAUAUUUACUAGAGCCACUGGUUUCCCACCGUUUCAGAUUGUAGGUAUGUUGAUCUCGAUUUGGUCUUUUUAUUUGGAACGAAUCAAAUGUUCUGUUUAUGUGUUGACCAUAAAGAGAGGCUCUGCAUUCAAUAAAAUGGUGGCAGAGAAUAUAACACGUGCAAAAUGGAUGAAAAGGGUUUAAAGCACUUAAUAACUUUUGAAUGUUAACUAUGGGUGUUUGUAUAUAACAUUUAGCAUGUGAAUUUGUGUCUGACUAGACAGAAAACGAGGUUGGAGCUAAACAGUAGAAAGGAUUUUAGUAUUGAAUAAGUAUGGUGUACAUUGUGCCCUGUUUUAGCUUUUUAAAGUAUGGAGUCGCAAAAUUAAAAUUCUGUCAGGACCACUGUUGUCAAAUAUUUAAACAAUAGCAAUAUUUAAAGGGGUCAUAUGGCGUGAAUACGUGUUUUUCUGUGUCUUUGGUGUGUUAUAAGUUGCCCAUGCAUGUAUUAGACACGUAAAAUUGCUAAAAUGAAAGUGUCGGAACAAACGAUGCAUGCUAUCUAAAAGCAGUAUUCGACCAAUCACUAUGCACUGGUUAACUGGCCAAUCAUAGCACACCUCGCUUUUCAAAGCGAUGAGCUCUGUAAAAAAUACACUGUUUCAAAGAGGAGAUACAAACAUGCACGGUAUGUGGAAAAUACAGCGUUUUUGACCCUUAAAUCUAAAGCAAACUAUAAUAUUCGCUUUAGCCGUGUCAUAUCACCCCUUUAAGGUUGGCGGAAUGAAACUGUUCUCUCAUGCAGCCUAGCAUGGACAGAGCAGGAGCGCAGGAAUACAUGUACCCCACCUGGGGAACCAGAACAGUUCAUGAUGCGUGACAGGAUUACAUUAAAAUGAUCCGAUAGAUACAGGCAGAUAUGGAGGAGAUGGGGAAGGAGGUGGGUUUUGAGUGCGGCAAGAUUAAGCAGCUGAUAAAAAGCAAAGAAAGGCAAUUUAAUAGGAGGCAGUCUAGUAUGUGUUGUAUGGCUAUUGGUUAAUGUUGAUUAGCUGCACCUGAAGUGAUCGGCUGAUGCAAGCUAGACUCACAUGACCUGCCAGAACUAACCUAUGCUUGAUUAGAAAUUCUGAUGCGUUAUGACUGCAGGGCAGUACAAACAGCUUAUUUAUUUAGCCUUGGGUUCCUGGUAGGCACUUGAAUACAAAAUGACAGGGUGUCCACCGGUGGUACACGACACUUAACAUGAUAUUUUGUGCAUUUUGCUUCAUGAAUAAUUAAUAGACAUGUGUAUACAGCAAGAAAAUAUUCAUGGGCUUUACAUCCUGUGCAUUAUCUGUAUGUGCUUAUCUACUUGAAAUCAUAUGUGAAUGUUAUUUGGCUUCAUUAAUAAAAAAUCAACCUUU